AUUUACCUUUUAAAAAUUCGACUAAAACGCCAAAAUGCCUUUUUUUGUAAAUUUGCGAGACAAUGGUUGAUCCUACUUAUAUUAACAACUGCUGUGCUUAUUUUUGUGAACGUUUUCCCUAGCCUAUAUACACCACAACGAAAUGUUUCUAUAAAAAAAGAUAAACAACUAGUAGAUACAUUUAAGGAUGCAAAUAUUAAGAGAACAACAAAAGACGAUCCCUGUGAAACCAUUCACAUUGGAGUCGUUUGUUCGGGGUUCAAUUCAAACCUAAUGUUCCAUACCUUACUUAAAUCUAUUUAUUUUCAUAGAGUCAAUCCGCUACAUUUCCAUAUUAUUUCCAAUAAAAUUUCAGAAAAGAUAUUGAAAAAGCUGUUCGAAAGCUGGAAUGUCGUACAAGUAAAUACAACAUUCUAUGAUCUGAAUAAUUACACACCAGAACUAAGAUGGAUUCCUAAUACCCAUUAUUCAGGUAUUCACGGUUUAAUGAAAUUAAUGUUUCCGAAAAUAAUUCCUCUAGAAAUAACCGACCGGAUUUUGGUAUUGGAUACAGAUAUGACCGUAGUUGGUGACAUAUACGAACUUUGGGCAAUGUUUAAAAAGUUCAAUAAAAAACAGGCGAUAGGAAUGGUUGAAAAUCAAAGCGAUUACUACUUGGGGUUGAACGUUUGGCCAGCUAUCGGUAGAGGUUACAAUUCUGGUGUGAUAAUGUUCAAUAUCUACUUAUUGAAAAAAUUAAAUUGGCCGAAAUUGUGGUCGGAUCUAGCGAAAAGAGACGCUCUUAUAUACGGUUCGACUCGUUUAGCGGACCAGGAUAUAAUCAACGCAGUUGUCAAAGAACACCCCGAAAUAGUAUACGAAGUGCCUUGCGUGUGGAAUACUCAAUUGAGCGAUAGAACUUUGAGCGAAAGUUGUUAUAAGAAUAACAAAGUGAAGAUAGUUCACUGGAACUCCCCGAAGAAAUAUAACGUGGAAAAUAAAGACGGGGAAUAUUUCAAGAGCGUGGCUAUUGGAUUUCAAGAACACAACGGGAAUUUGUUGAGGAAGAAGUUGUAUGGCUGCAAUAACCAACCAGUUACGGUGGCACGGAAUGAUUCAGAUGAUGUGUGUUCGGAAUUUCGUAAUUUAGCUAAAAUCCAUUGGAGGACGCUACUUUUUAUUAGGGAAUAUAAGCACGUUGUUAUCGAAAAUGAUGUUACUUUCGUUGCCCAAUUAUCCUACGAUAGAUUACAGACGAUUGAAGAAUUGGUGAAAGCUUGGUCUGGACCGAUAAGUUUAACUUUAUACGUAUCCGAUCCCGAAUUAAUGAAAAGCAUUGAAUUCAUAACAUCAUCGGAAAUUUUGAAAAACAGAUGGGACGUUGCGUAUCACGCAGUUUUUAAAGAUGGAGAUUUUUAUCCUAUAAAUAUAUUGAGAAAUAUCGGUUUGAAGAACGUACAAACACCAUUCGUAUUUUUGGCUGAUAUAGAUUUCCUUCCAUCGAAAGAUUUAUAUGAAUCGUUAAUAAAACACAUUAAAAUAUUCGGAUCUUUAAAAAAGAAGGCACUAAUAGUACCAGCAUUCGAAAUACAAAAAUACGUCAACCAAAUACCAAGCGAUAAAAAUCAACUGUUGGUUGGUCUGAAGGAAAAAUCAAUUAUACCUUUUUUGACAAAUAUUUGGACUCCAGGUCAUACUCCUACAAUGUAUAAUAUUUGGAAAAAUAGUAGCAAACCUUAUAAUGUAAAAUGGGAAGUCGAUUACGAACCUUACAUAGUAGUUAGAAGCGAUGUGGUGGAAUACGACGAGAAGUUUAUAGGCUUUGGUUGGAACAAAGUUUCGCAUAUAAUGGAAUUAGAAGCACAAAAUUAUGCGUUUGUUGUAUUACCAGAUGUAUUUAUUAUCCAUAAACCUCAUACUCCUAGUUACGAUUUAGGAAGAUUUAGAACGUCUUCGGUAUACAGGCUGUGUCUUCGACUUUUAAAAGAAGAGUUUAUACAAAGGUUAAACAAAGAAUAUAAUAGAAAUUUUCCAUAUAUCAACACUUCUGCUAUCCUACCGGAAAUUAGAAGAAGGAAGAGACAUAGCAUGUCAUUAGAUAUCCCUUCGACUACUAUAGAAACCAACACCGAUUAUCCAAACGCGACAGAAUAAUCAAUUUCAUGAAUAUUUUUCACAUCUCAAGUAUAAAAAGUACUUGUUGUUUUUGAGUAAAACAAUAUUUUUUAAUCGGUAAUAGGGUUGGAAACAGCUUGAAAUACAAAAAGAUUCUAACCUAUAAUAGAAGGUUUGUUGAAACCUUGAAUCAUCAAAGAUAUAUUGCCAAAUAAUUAUUAUAUACCAUUAUUUUACAUAUAUAUAUAUAUAUAUAUAUAUAUAUACAAAGAUAUUAUACCAGUAGCUUCGGGUUUGUGAUAAUCAAUAAUUUAUUAAAUUUUAUUUUUAUGGGGUAGUUUAGACGUUUUAUAUAUUUUUCGAUACAUUAAUAUCAAAAAAUAGACGUAUAUAAUCAGAGGGUUUUAUAAUAAUAAAAAUGUAUAAGUGUUAUGAACAAUAUUUUCUCUAUUACCAUACUAAAAAUCCUCAAAAACUCAAUACACAAAAUUUUAUCAUUCUAUAGGGACAUAACAUAUAAAGUCUCGUAUUUUAGUAUAAAUAACCGAUUAGAAUUAUAAUCCAGGCGAUUUAGAACAAACCGUAUUGCUUAUGUGAAACAUAUGAGACUUUCUAUUAAGGUAGCAAAAAAAUAAGUGAAAAGUCGAGUGUUUUUAAAAAAAUCUAUUGAUACCGAAUUAAUUCAAGUUAAAAAGCAUCCGAAAAAUAUUGUUCUUAUAAAAAUAUGAUAUUCAUUUCAGUAGAUGCAUUCUUGUUUCUGGAGGACAGCAACUGAGAGGAAGACCGCGCCUUCGCUGGUUGGACGACGUUGAGGCGGACCUGAUCCAGCUAGGAGUUCGACGUUAGAGGCACCAUGCUCCAGGAUAAAAAUGAUGAGGUCGAUUGUUAAAGAAGAAGAUGCAUUCUUGGAAGUUAUUUUUAUUACAAAAGUAUCUUUCAACUGUUUGUUACCUAAUAUAUUCUCCUUUAGUUCAUCAGGAGUAUAUUUACCCACAAUAGACACAUUAACAAGCCAAGGAUUGAUUCCAUAGCGUGAAAAAUUUGUAGAGAUUAAUGCUUUAUUGCUCUAAAGUGUUUAAAUACGGUUUCAUCAUUUAGUUCAUAUUAUUUUCUAGUAGCGCCUCGUUAACAGCUACCUCCUUUCAAAUUCAUAAAAUUUUUAACUCUGUAAAUUCCGUAGGAAACUACACAAAAUGAUGUUUUUUUGUUUACCUUGCCUGGAACAAAAAAGGAAUUAUACUGAUAACGAUCAGUUUUCCUGGACUAUUAUAUAAAAAAAUGACUCUUGUUGAACUCAUUUCGCAUCAAACUGUUUCUUGGUCGAUCAAAGGGGUUUUUGGGGAUUUUUGAUCGUUCCAAUAUCUAUGUAAACAUGAAGUUUAACCGUAUCAUAGCAAACUACACAGAAUGAUGAUUUUUUGUUUACCUUGCCUGAACUUUUAUUUAUAUGGAACAAAAAUGGAAUUAUUCUGAUGAAAAAAACCGAAAACAGAGUCCAUAAGUCCAUUUUAAUCGAAAAAAAAAAAAAAAAUUAAAAUAAAACUAUUUACAGUAUUAUUUUUUUAUUGUGUGGUAAU